GCACAUUCUGAUUGCUGUGCUAUCAUUGAACGAUUGUUGAUAUCUAGUCUCUAUCGCGAACGUCUACCAUGGAGGAUGAACUCGACGGCGAGCUUCGGAGUCCUUUCCCUUCUCCGCCAUCACAUUACACAAAAUAUACGACCCAUAACUUGGAACUGUUUACCCUUCUAAAGCAAAGAACGUCAGAGUCAGCCGACUCGGAACUGGAUCAGCAACAGGUUUUGUCUGACCAGCCUGAUGUUCCCGAGUGGCCCUUGACACAGUUGGAGAAACCUCGAGUUGACUGGAUCUUGGAAGAGGGUCACUAUACUACCUUUGGUGAUUUUUGGAAUCUGAAACAGACGAUACCUUCGCUUGAGUCUCUCGGAGGCCGCCAGUUGUAUCCUUCAGAUCCUGAUAUUGAUCGCAGACCAGCACUACUGUCUAUUCUUCGCUCUUCCCUGGUCACGUAUUCUUCUCUUCUUCGAUCGCUCCUAGCGCCUCCGGCACCGGAACCACAUCAUCCAGAAUGGGAAAGGGAAGUCGAAUGGAUCACGAUACUAACGCAGAACAUGAUGGCGGCAGCGAACGACUUGCGGCCUGUACAAGCCCGAGCGAACCUGGAACAGAUGAUGACGCGACAACUAGAGCUUCGAAGAGAGGAAACGAAGAAAAUACAUGAAAAAUGUGAUACUCUGGAAGCGAGACUGGCAGAUCUUCGAUCCGCUACACGCCAGUCCGCCAGCGGCACGGAUUCGCGAACGGUGGUUGGAGAAAGCGUUGGUUUGCGGCCAUCACAGGAAUCUAGUCAACGCCCACCAGUUCUGCUUGGCGUGGAUAUCAAGGCCCUGACAGCUGAGGACUUAUUGCGCUGGGCUGAGGCGUAGGGGCCAAAAUAUAUGAUGUUUGCUCUGCUCGAAUGUCCUGUCGUUGGCCUUACUGACAUAUGUGUUCGCUCAAGUCGACCGCAAGCUGCCUGGAUCGCAUCU